CCAACACCAACAACACCAACAACGCCAACGCCGCCACCCUAGUCCCAGCCAAUUGCUCCCCAGACGACUCCGCACAUCCCCUCCAGUACCUCUGUCUUGCGAGGCAAGGAAAUUAAACAUAACCAUGGACAUCCGGCCCCUCCUCCCCUCGGACAUCCCGCACGUGCAGCUCGCCAACAUUACGAACUUGCCCGAGAACUAUUUUUGCAAGUAUUACUUGUAUCAUGCGAUGAGUUGGCCGCAGUUGAGUUGGGUUGCUGUGGAUGUCUCGCGCCCCCCCAAGACCCCCUACGACCCCCCCAAGAUCGUCGGCUACGUCCUGGCCAAAAUGGAGGAAGAGCCCGCCGACGGCAUUCCGCACGGCCACAUCACGUCGCUGAGCGUCAUGCGCACGCACCGCCGGCUGGGGCUGGCCGAGAAGCUGAUGCGGCAGAGUCAGCGCGCAAUGGCCGAAACCUUCUCCGCCUCCUACGUCUCCCUACACGUCCGCAUGUCCAACCUCGCCGCGCUGCAUCUGUACCGCGAGACCCUCGGCUUCAGCGUCGAGAAGAUCGAGGCCAAGUACUACGCCGACGGCGAGGACGCGUACAGCAUGCGCAUGGAUUUGAGCAAGAUCGAGCGGGACGAGAUCGCGUAUGAUGAUGGUAAGGAGGCGGGCGAUGAGGGCGACGCGGUGGGGGACGAGGGGCAGGAUGGGAAGGGGCUGCGGAAGGUCGCGAUUGGGAGGCAGAGGGGGGUGCAGGAUUUGGUCGAGGUGGUGGGGGGGAAGGAGGUUGCUGCGUAGAGCAGGCGGCUGCGUAGAGUGGCUGGGGCGGAGGGGGCUUGCAGCGGAGCGACUUACAGCGGGGCGACUCGCAGCGGAGCAGCUCAGUACGGUGCCGCGCACGCAGCGCGUAUCCAGACACAGCACACGCCCCGGCCCGCCUCGCACGCCUCCACGCCCCUCCGGCACCGCACUCCCGCAUCUCGACCCCGCCGGGCCGCGCAAGCCGCAUGCGGCCCUGCGCACUCGAUGGCAUCGAGACGCUCGGCGACGCGUGCAGCUGGGCACAUGUGCACGUAUCGCUCUCCUGUAUCUGUAUGAACCACACAAAACACAAAACGAAAUUAAUUGGUUGAGG